CACCCCAGGUCCGCCCCCGCACCUCCCGGCCUCCCAGGGCUGGGGGAGCCUCAGGUUGGGCCCAGGAGCCGGGAGAGACUUUUGCAGGUAGCGUGUGCCCCACAAGGCGGGACAGGCUGGUCGCUCUGGCCUCUCCGACGGUCUCGGGCCGCUUGGGCUUGAUGCGGUGCAUUUCACCGGUGAUCUUGCCGCGCUGCUGCGAGAACAGCUUUAGUGCCUUGUGACGCAAAGAAGAGCCUGCAGACCAGCAGCACCACUUCCACCUUUGGAAGAAAUGCGGAACCUUGGCCCUCCCUUGAGACUUACUGAAUCAGGAUCAACUUUUUAACAAGGUUCCCAGGAUAUUCCUGGUGAUCUUGGAAGACUUCAUAUCAUGGAAUCGAUCUCUAUGAUGGGAAGCCCUAAGAGCCUUAGUGAAACAUUUUUGCCUAAUGGCAUAAAUGGUAUCAAAGAUGCAAGAAAAGUCACUGUGGGUGUAAUUGGAAGUGGGGAUUUUGCCAAAUCCCUCACCAUUCGGCUUAUUAGAUGUGGCUAUCAUGUAGUUAUAGGAAGUAGAAAUCCUAAAUUUGCAUCUGAAUUUUUUCCUCAUGUGGUAGAUGUCACUCAUCAUGAAGAUGCUUUAACAAAAACAAACAUAAUCUUUGUUGCACUGCAUAGAGAACAUUACACCUCCCUGUGGGACCUGCGACAUCUGCUUGUGGGGAAAAUCCUGAUUGAUGUGAGCAAUAAUAUGAGGAUAAACCAAUUUCCAGAAUCCAAUGCUGAAUAUCUGGCCUCGUUAUUUCCGGAUUCUUUGGUUGUCAAAGGAUUCAAUGUCAUCUCAGCUUGGGCACUUCAGUUAGGACCUAAAGAUGCCAGCCGCCAGGUCUAUGUAUGCAGCAACAAUAUCCAGGCUCGACAGCAGGUCAUUGAACUUGCCCGACAGUUGAAUUUCGUUCCUGUUGACUUGGGGUCAUUAUCAUCUGCCAGGGAAAUUGAAAAUUUACCCCUGCGACUGUUUACUCUCUGGAGGGGGCCGGUGGUGAUAGCCAUAAGCCUGGCCACAUUUUUCUUCCUUUAUUCCUUUGUCAGAGAUGUGAUACAUCCUUAUGCAAGAAGCCAGCAGAGUGACUUUUACAAGAUUCCUAUCGAGAUUGUGAACAAAACCCUGCCUGUUGUCGCCAUCACUUUGCUGUCCCUGGUGUACUUAGCAGGCCUCCUGGCAGCUGCCUAUCAGCUCUACUAUGGCACCAAGUAUAGGAGAUUUCCACCCUGGUUGGAGACCUGGUUACAGUGUAGGAAACAGCUGGGACUACUCAGUUUUUUCUUCACUGUUGUACAUGUUGCCUACAGCCUCUGCUUACCAAUGAGAAGGUCAGAAAGAUACUUGUUUCUCAACAUGGCUUACCAGCAGGUUCAUGCAAAUAUUGAAAACUCUUGGAAUGAGGAGGAGGUAUGGAGAAUUGAAAUGUACAUCUCCUUUGGCAUAAUGAGUCUUGGCUUGCUCUCCCUCCUGGCAAUCACUUCCAUCCCUUCUGUGAGCAAUGCUUUAAAUUGGAGGGAAUUCAGCUUCAUUCAGUCUACGCUUGGGUAUGUUGCUCUGCUCAUAAGUACUUUCCAUGUUUUAAUUUAUGGAUGGAAACGAGCUUUUGAAGAAGAGUACUACAGAUUUUAUACCCCACCAAACUUUGUUCUUGCUCUUGUUUUGCCCUCAGUUGUAACUCUGGGUAAGAUCAUUUUGCUCCUUCCAUGUAUAAACAGAAAGCUAAAGAGGAUUAAAAAGGGCUGGGAAAAGAGCCAGUUUCUAGAAGAAGGUAUUAGAGGAACUGUUCCUCAUCUUUCCCCAGAGAGGGUCACAGUAAUGUAAUGAUCAUCGGUGCUCAUAGAUACCAUAAGAACUAUUCACACCAUUGUUUUUAUGGCCUCCUCUGUGUUCGGUUGUUACGUGUGCUGUUGAAUCGCUGUGGUUUGAAACCCGUUAGAGGAGAUUUCAGCUGAAACUGUGACAGAAUUUUCUUCAAGCUGUCACAGCUGUCCUGUUUUCCCAGUUUUAAUUGUUUUAUUCAACGUAUUGUGGGAAUUUAAGUAAUUUUGUUUUGUUUUGCACAACUUAACAUUGUUAUUUUCCUGUAUUUCAUAAUCAAGCAAAAAUAUUUGUAGUUAAUAACCUAGACACAACAAAAUAUUAAAAACACUUCACAAGCCAGACUUCGAAGCUUUGAAUAUAGUUCAAUGGAAUACUAUACUUUUUAUGAGGCAUCAGCAAGGUUUUGAUUAUUAUCCAACUUAAAAAAUAGAAAUGCACAAUCAUACCUUAUUUAAAAAGGCCACAUUGCAUUAGCAUCUAUGUAAGGGUGUAUGGUAAUAUUCUUAUACUCCUCUCAUGUAAGAAUUUGAAGAAUGUUAUAAAUUUUAUGAAGCAAUUUGACUGUAUGAACACAAAUUUAAAAAGACAAACCUGAAAUUAUAUUUGAAAUCCACUGAAGACAUAAAAUACCUACAGACAAUCCAUAGCUCAUGAGAGAGUUUGUUCUAUCAAAUUACAGAGAAAUAUCAUUUUAGCAUUAGUAUGUUGUUCAUCAGGGAAAGAACUCGGGAAUAUUUGACCUCCUAAGUUGAUAUGUUUAAUACAGUACCAAUCCUGGGAAUGAUGAAAAUGUCGGGUUUACAUACAAGGUUAUCUGAUAACUGAUCUUUGUUGUUUCACUUCGCUCUGGUGAGAGAUGAUUUUACUGAUGUUCAGUUGGGGAAAAAUGUGCCAGGCAUGACUGUAAGCAUUUCACUUGUGUUAGCCCAUGUAAUAGCUCCCUGAGACAGAGAAUUAUCCUUAUUUUACAAAAGAGGAACUGAAGGAUAGGAGAGUAACCCCCGCAAGGCUACUUAGGAAAAGGUAACGUGAGCAUUCAGGUCCAGGCAUCACAUCCCAGAAGUGCUGAUUUUCACCACUCUGUCCCCGUGCACUGUGUUCACAGUGCCAAGCUGGAGACUCUUUGUACAAAGGUAUUUUUUUUUUCUCUCAAUGAGUUUAUCUAUACAUUUUAGGUAUACAGUCCAGUUACAU